UCCAAACCAAGUUAAGGUUAACAAUUUAAUUGAGGUUCAACAAAUAAAAAACAAAUGCAAUAUGGAUAAACAAAUGAUAAAGAUUGGCUUAUUGAAUAUCAGAUCCAUUUCUACGAAAACACUUUUUGUAAAUAAUAUGAUAACUGAUCAUAAUAUAGAUGUGCUCUGCUUGACAGAAACCUGGCUAAAACCUGAUGAUUACAUUAUUUUAAAUGAGUCCACCCCCCAAGAUUAUUGUUAUAAACACGAGCCGCGUCUAAAAGGCAAAGGGGGAGGUGUUGCUUCAAUUUAUAAUAACAUUUUCAGGAUUUCUCAGAGGGCAGGCUUCAAGUAUAACUCGUUUGAAGUAAUGGUGCUUCAUAUAACAUUAUCCAGAGAAACCAAUGUUAAUGAUAAAUCCCCUGUUAUGUUUGUACUGGCUACUGUAUACAGGCCACCAGGGCACCAUACAGACUUUAUUAAAGAGUUUGGUGAUUUUACAUCCGAGUUAGUUCUGGCUGCAGAUAAAGUCUUAAUAGUUGGUGAUUUUAAUAUCCAUGUCGAUAAUGAAAAAGAUGUAUUGGGAUCAGCAUUUAUAGACAUUCUGAACUCUAUUGGUGUUAGACAACACGUUUCAGGACCUACUCAUUGUCGAAAUCAUACUCUAGAUUUAAUACUGUCACAUGGAAUUGAUGUUGAUAGUGUUGAAAUUAUUCAGCCAAGUGAUGAUAUCUCAGAUCAUUAUUUAGUUCUGUGUAAACUUCAUAUAGCCAAAAUUGUAAAUUCUACUUCUUGUUACAAGUAUCGAAGAACCAUCACUUCUACCACAAAAGACAGCUUUUUAAGUUAUCUUCCUGAUGUAUCCGAAUUCCUUAGCAUAUCCAAAACCUCAGAACAACUUGAUGAUGUAACAGAAACUAUGGACUCUCUCUUUUCUAGCACUUUAAAUACAGUUGCUCCUUUACGCUUAAGAAAGGUUAAGGAAAACAGUUUGACACCAUGGUAUAAUGAGCAUACUCGCACCCUAAAGAGAGCAGCCCGAAAAAUGGAGCACAGCUGGAGGAAAACAAAACUAGAGGUAUUUCGUAUUGCUUGGCGGGAAAGUAGCAUAUCCUACCGAAAAGCAUUAAAAACUGCUAGAUCUGAUUACUUUUCUUCUCUUUUAGAAGAAAACAAACAUAACCCCAGGUAUUUAUUCAAUACAGUGGCUAAAUUAACGAAAAAUAAAGCCUCAACAAGUGUUGACAUUUCCCAACACCACAGCAGUAAUGACUUUAUGAACUACUUUACUUCUAAAAUCGAUACUAUUAGAGAUAAAAUUGCAACCAUUCAGCCGUCAGCUACAGUUUCGCAUCAGACAGUGCACUAUAGACCCCCUGAGGAACAGUUCCACUAAUUCUCUACUAUAGGAGAGGAAGAAUUGUAUAAACUUGUUAAAUCAUCUAAACUUACAACAUGUAUGUUAGACCCUAUACCAUCUAAGCUCUUAAAAGAGGUGCUUCCAGAAGUCAUAGGUCCUCUUCUGACUAUUAUUAAUUCCUCAUUGUUAUUAGGACAUGUCCCCAAAACCUUCAAACUGGCUGUUAUUAAGCCUCUCAUAAAAAAGCCACAACUUGACCCCAGAGAACUAGUUAAUUAUAGACCAAUCUCGAAUCUCCCUUUUCUGUCCAAGAUACUAGAAAAGGUGGUAUCCUCACAAUUAUAUUCCUUCUUAGAGAAAAAUGGUAUAUGUGAGGAUUUCCAGUCAGGAUUUAGACCCUAUCAUAGUACUGAAACUGCUCUCCUUAGAGUUACAAAUGAUCUGCUCUUAUCAUCUGAUCGUGGGUGUAUCUCUCUAUUAGUUUUAUUGGAUCUUAGUGCUGCGUUUGACACAAUUGACCACAACAUUCUUUUGCAUAGACUUGAACACUUUGUUGGCAUCAGUGGAAGUGCAUUAGCAUGGUUUAAAUCGUACUUAUAUGACCGCCAUCAGUUCGUAGCAGUGAAUGAAGAUGUAUAAUAUCGAUCACAAGUGCAGUAUGGAGUACCUCAAGGCUCAGUUCUAGGGCCGCUACUUUUCACGCUUUAUAUGUUACCCUUGGGAGAUAUCAUCAGGAAACAUGGUGUUAGCUUUCACUGUUAUGCUGAUGAUACGCAGCUCUAUAUUUCCUCGCAGCCCGGUGAAACACAACAAUUUGAAAAACUAAUGGAAUGCAUAGUCGAUAUAAAAAGUUGGAUGACGAGUAAUUUCUUACUGCUAAAUUCAGAAAAAACAGAGGUGUUAAUCAUAGGGCCUAAAAACUCUACUUGUAAUAACCUAGAACACUGUCUAAGACUUGAUGGUUGCUCUGUCAAUUCUUCGUCAUCAGUUAGGAACCUAGGUGUGCUACUUGAUCGCAAUCUUUCCUUAGAAAGCCACGUUUCUAGCAUUUGUAAAACUGCAUUUUUCCAUCUCAAAAAUAUAUCUAAAUUACGGCCUAUGCUCUCAAUGUCAAAUGCAGAAAUGUUAAUCCAUGCAUUUAUGAUUUCAAGGUUAGACUACUGUAAUGCUUUAUUGGGUGGUUGUUCUGCACGCUUGGUAAACAAACUACAGCUAGUCCAAAAUGCAGCAGCAAGAGUUCUUACUAGAACCAGGAAGUAUGACCAUAUUAGCCCGGUCCUGUCCACACUGCACUGGCUCCCUAUCAAACAUCGUAUAGAUUUUAAAAUAUUGCUUAUUACUUAUAAAGCCCUGAAUGGUUUAGCACCUCAGUAUUUGAAUGAGCUCCUUUUACAUUAUACUCCUCUACGUCCGCUACGUUCUCAAAACUCAGGCAAUUUGAUAAUACCUAGAAUAUCAAAAUCAACUGCGGGCGGCAGAUCCUUUUCCUAUUUGGCGCCUAAUCUCUGGAAUAACCUACCUAACAUUGUUCGGGAGGCAGACACACUCUUGCAGUUUAAAUCUAGAUUAAAGACCCAUCUCUUUAACCUGGCAUACACAUAACAUACUAAUAUGCUUUUAAUAUCCAAAUCCGUUAAAGGAUUUUUAGGCUGCAUUAAUUAGGUAAACUGGAACCGGAACACUUCACAUAACACCGUACUUUCUACAUCAUUAGAAGAAUGGCAUCUACGCUAAUAUUUGUCUGUUUCUCUCUUGUUCCGAGGUCACCGUGGCCACCAGAUCCAGUCUGUGUCCAGAUCAGAGGGUCACUGCAGUCACCCGGAUCCAGUACGUAUCCAGACCAGAUGGUGGAUCAGCACCUAGAAAGGACCUCUACUGCCCUGAAAGACAGCGGAGACCAGGACAACUAGAGCCCCAGAUACAGAUCCCCUGUAAAGACCUUGUCUCAGAGGAGCACCAGGACAAGACCACAGGAAACAGAUGAUUCUUCUGCACAAUCUGACUUUGCUGCAGCCUGGAAUUGAACUACUGGUUUCGUCUGGUCAGAGGAGAACUGGCCCCCCAACUGAGCCUGGUUUCUCCCAAGGUUUUUUUCUCCAUUCUGUCACCGAUGGAGUUUCGGUUCCUUGCCGCUGUCGC